AUUGAUCACAAUCAUCGGCGUUAGGGAGGAGGACAACGUUGUAAUUGAGCCCCAAACAAGGAAAUUCAACGUCGAUGAAAGAUUUUUGUCCCAAAUGCCUUCUCCACUAAUCAAUCGCUCUCACCAAACAAAACCCUAGCUCCACCUCUCUCUCUCUCUCUCCACCGGGUCAGAUCUUCUCACGCUGCACAAACCUCUUGUGCCCCCUGGAAAGUUGAAAUUUGUUGAGAGAGAAAGUGUAAUUACUUUAGAGAGAGAGAGAGAAAAGAGACUUUACAACUAUUCUGCCAUUUUUGUUAUGAAAUGAGGCUUUUGAAUAGGUUGAAUUGGGCCGGAAAUGAGAUUGGGAAUUGACAUUGACUGAAAACGAAGGGAGGGAUGCAAGUUUUAUUGAUAGUUAAUUACGCAUGUUUAGGCGACUAGGAUGGUGGGUUGGUCUAAAUUAUAGAAGUUGGUCAGGAAAGAGGUUGGCCGAUGCCCAGCCUCACCCAGCGAAGAUUGAACCUGUGGCUAUGUUUGACACGGUACAGGAGAUUGCUGUUUAUAUUCACAGGUUUCACAAUAUCGACCUUUUUCAACAAGGAUGGUAUCAACUCAAAAUUACCAUGCGAUGGGAGAAUAGCGAGUAUAAUUCUGUGGGAACUCCAGCAAGAGUUGUCCAAUACGAAGCUCCGUAUUUAGGUGCUGAUGACGUAUAUGGAGUGUGGAUGAUUGAUGAUACAGACAACAGCUUCUCAACUCAGCCAUUCCGGAUAAAAUACGCAAGGCAGGAUGUGUUGCUAUCAGUCAUGAUAUCGUUCAAUUUAUCUCUUGGCAAGAAUGAGGGUCCACCCAUGUCUGCUGUAAUUUUGAAGUUUGAGCUUAUGUAUGCUCCCAUUUCGGAGACUGGGUCUAACUUGCAGGCUUCUUUAAGUGCUUGCUCUGCUGCAGUCCAUGAAUUUCGAAUUCCUCCUAAAGCUCUUUUGGGUUUGCAUUCAUAUUGCCCUGUUCAUUUUGAUGCAUUCCAUGCUGUACUUGUUGAUGCAAGUGUACACAUCAGUCUACUUAAAGGUGAAUCGUAUAUAGCUGCAGCAAAGCUGCCAAGUGAUUCUAUUAGUACCGAAGUUGCUGAUGGUGAAAGUAUCAAUGGGUCAAACCAAGCACAAGAUCUGGUGGAUUCAGCAGAUGCAAAAGCUGUCAUGCUUAUUAAAUCAUUAUUAGCUGCUCGGGACACUCUACUUGAAGAGUUGCAAAGGUUCAGCAAAGCUGCUGAUCAAGUUAUUGAUUUGACUGAGUUUAUAUCAAAAAUGGAUGAUAUAAAGCUUUCUCAUUCUGUCUCUCAAGGAAAAUUUGGUGUCAUAGAUGGAAAAUUUUCUGGACAAGGCAAGCUACAAAAUGCUUCUGAGAAAACAAACGGUACUUUAGACCUUCAGUGUGGUGAAUCACUCCUCUCUGUGCCAAAGAGUGUUCUAUUAAACACCCUUCAUCUAUUGGGCGAUCAAGUUUUAUAUUUAUGGAACACCUUUUUGCAGUUCCACAGGCCCAAUAAAACUAAGAUAUUGGAAUAUUUGCGUGAUGCCUGGGCUAAAGAUAGAAGGGCAGAAUGGUCAAUAUGGAUGGUAUACUCUAAGGUUGAGAUGCCUCAUCAUUUUUUAAAUAGUGGUACAGAUGAUUCUUCUCCCCAUGGUGUUCAUAAAAGAGUGUCAAGUAUUUGGAAGCUCACUGAUGAUCCAGCCCAGACUGCUGCUAUGCGUGCUGAGCGCCAUCGGCAAAGUAUUGCUCAAAUGAAAAUUAACAAUCGGUCAAUCCAAGACAUGUACAUAUUCGGAGAUCCCUCUCGUAUUCCUGUGCUUAUUGUGGAGCGUGUCAUGAAUGCACCAACACGUACUACUAGUGAAAAUUCUUACUUGAGACAUUUGGAUGUGAUUAAUUCACCUGCUUUACUUAGUGGACCUGGCUCUGAAGCUGUUGACAAGCUAACUGGCACUAAUAAACCAAAGAAUGGUCGUGUUUUAAAGGUGGUUGUAUUUGUGCAUGGGUUUCAGGGUCAUCAUCUGGAUUUAAGGCUUGUACGGAAUCAAUGGCUUUUGUUCGAUCCCAAAAUAGAGUGUCUUAUGUCAGAGGUAAAUGAAGAAAAAACAUCUGGAGACUUCAGCGAAAUGGGACUAAGGCUGGCCCAAGAAGUGAAAUCUUUCCUUAAGAAGAAAAUGGAUAAGGUUUCAAGACAUGGAAUAUUGAGUGAUGUUAAGCUUAGCUUUGUUGGGCAUUCUAUUGGAAAUAUCAUUCUAAGAACAGCACUAGCAGAAAGCAUUAUGGAGCCGUACCUAAGGUACCUGUAUACAUAUGUCUCUAUAUCCGGUCCACACUUGGGGUAUCUUUACAGUUCGAACUCUUUAUUUAAUUCUGGACUGUGGCUUUUGAAGAAGUUCAAGGGCACCAGGUGCAUUCAUCAGCUUACAUUCACAGAUGAUCCAGAUAUCCAAAAUACAUUCUUUUACAAGCUGUGCAAGCAGAAGACACUAGAGCACUUCAAGCAUAUAAUCCUGCUUUCUUCACCGCAGGAUGGUUACGUACCAUACCAUUCUGCUAGAAUUGAUAUGUGCCAGGCAGCUUCAUGGGAUCACUCAAAGAAAGGCAAAAUAUUUUUGGAGAUGCUGAAUGAUUGUUUGGACCAAAUCCGGGCUCCUUCACCUGAGCAGAGAGUGUUCUUGCGUUGUGAUGUCAACUUUGAUACUUCUUCUUACGGGAAGAACUUGAACACCUUCAUUGGACGAGCUGCUCAUAUAGAGUUUUUGGAAUCCGACAUUUUUGCAAGGUUUGUGUUAUGGUCUUUUCCGGAACUAUUUCGGUAAAAACUGCACAAACUGCUUUCGCAGCAAUCCAGCUUUUCUGACCUGUCAUCCCUAGCGAUUUUCCAUCCCUCUAAUUUUCUCUAACAUAGAGGACAAGAAGACGGUGGUGUUUCAGGCAGAGUGUUGAAAAAGCCAUGUCCUUGCAGAUGUAGAUGAUGAGGAAAUGUGUGGAGACAUUGGCCAUUGUAAAUUAUUGAGCAUGAAGUUGAUUUCAUGUAAUAAAAAAUCGUGCCAUCUUUUUAGCUGAAAAUUUACACCAAAGCGCUGAAAAAAGAUAGUUGUGUAAAUUCGUGUAGGUUUAGAUAAAAUUCCUUUUUGUGAUUAUAUCCAUCUCCAAGUACAGCUAGAAGGAUUAUAUGAUCCAUGCAGUGUUGGACACUUUGGAAUACGUAUGUGUUCUGGUAAUAAACUUGGUAAAUACUAGUUAUUUUUCUUUUCUUCGUGAAGCAAAAAAGAUUAGGAUUGCUCUCGAUAUAAUUUCUGAUGAGAGUUAUUGUUUUGGGGAGUAAAUAUUAGUAAAUGUCCAUUUUAAUUUUAUUUUAGUAA